UGGACGGAGCUAGCGAUCUUAGUAGCCGCGGGCUGGUGCUGCUGCCAAAACGGAUUCAACUCACUGGGACAGCUCCCCGCUGGGACUUGCGCUCCGAACUCAACCCCAGCGCAGGUCCCUAGCAAGAGUCACGCCCAAAGGAUCGAGGAAUCAUGGCUCUGGGUGAACUUGGUCUCCUCACCUGGCUUCGGGAGAGCCGGCAGUCAAGGAAAUUAAUCCUUUUUAUCGUGUUUCUUGCUCUCCUCUUAGACAAUAUGCUGCUCACGGUCGUGGUGCCCAUCAUACCCAGUUACUUAUACAGCAUUAAGCAUGAAAAAAAUGCCACAGAAAUACAAACUGCCAAACCAGAAACCGGGUCUCCCACCUUCAGCAGUAUCUUCUCCUAUUACGACAACUCCACAAUGGUCACUGGAAAUGCCACUAGAGCACCUGGACGAGGACAGUCCUAUAAAACAGUGACACAGCAGAUGGUAGUCAAUGCAACCAGCAUCCCAUCUGACUGCCCCAAGGAAGACAAAGACCUGCUCAAUGAAAAUGUUCAAGUCGGCUUAUUAUUUGCUUCCAAAGCGACCAUACAGCUCCUCACCAACCCUUUCAUAGGGCCAAUGACUAACAGAAUAGGCUACCAGAUUCCAAUGUUCGCAGGAUUCUGUAUAAUGUUUGUGUCCACUAUCAUGUUUGCUUUUUCUGGGAGUUACACAUUACUCCUCAUAGCAAGAUCCUUGCAAGGUGUGGGCUCUUCUUGCUCUUCUGUAGCUGGGAUGGGUAUGCUGGCCAGCGUUUACACGGAUGAUGAAGAAAGAGGCAAUGCCAUGGGAAUUGCCUUGGGAGGACUUGCUUUGGGAGUGCUAGUGGGGCCACCCUUUGGAAGUGUGAUGUACGAAUUUGUGGGGAAGACUGCUCCUUUCCUGGUGCUGGCUGCCUUAACUCUGCUGGAUGGAGCUAUUCAGCUGUUGGUUCUCCAACCAUCCAGGGUUCAACCUGAAAGUCAGAAAGGAACCUCGUUAGUCACCCUGUUGAAGGAUCCCUACAUCUUAAUCGCUGCAGGGUCGAUCUGCUUUGCAAACAUGGCUAUUGCAAUGCUUGAACCAGCAUUACCAAUCUGGAUGAUGGAGACCAUGUGUUCCAGAAAAUGGCAGCUGGGCGUUGCUUUCCUACCAGCUAGUAUCUCUUAUCUUAUUGGAACCAAUAUUUUUGGAAUACUUGCACACAAAAUGGGAAGGUGGCUUUGUGCUCUCUUGGGGAUGAUCAUUGUUGGAAUCAGCAUUUUAUGUGUACCAUUUGCAAAAAACAUUUAUGGACUGAUCGCACCAAAUUUUGGAGUUGGUUUCGCAAUUGGAAUGGUAGAUUCCUCAAUGAUGCCCAUCAUGGGCUACCUGGUAGACCUGCGCCAUGUCUCUGUCUAUGGGAGUGUAUAUGCCAUUGCAGAUGUUGCCUUUUGCAUGGGGUUUGCAUUGGGCCCUUCUGUUGGUGGGGCCAUCGCAAAGGCAAUUGGGUUCCCGUGGCUCAUGACAAUUAUUGGGAUCAUUGACAUUCUCUUUGCCCCUCUCUGCUUUUUCCUUCGAAGUCCACCUGCCAAGGAAGAAAAAAUGGCAAUACUCAUGGAUCACAACUGCCCAAUUAAAACAAAAAUGUACACGCAGAACAACAUUCAGUCAUAUCCAACAGGUGAUGAUGAAGAAUCUGAAAGUGACUGACAACUUCAAAAGCCAUAAGUAUUCUGUUGUCUACAAUGCAGUGUUUCCCGUGAAAUGGCUCAUCAAAAAAUCUUAGUUGUACUGUAUGCUAAUGGUGUAGUAAAGAAACCAAAGGUUAAAAACAUUUUUUUCCCAAUGUUAUGAGAUUGCUAACAGCCUUAUAAAGAAAAAGAAGCUUUUCUAGGGGUUUGUAUAGUGUUGAAAAGUUUAUUUUAUGUAUUUAAUUUUAUUAAAUAUUACACAAUAUAUUUUUAUUAAGCUGUAGUGUAAAUCUGUAUAAAUAGUUGAAUCUUAAUCAAGUAUAAUUUUUUAAACUUACACUCCUGAACACUUAGAAAAAGAUUCUCUAUUUUUUCUGAAUCAUUACUGGUAAUGUGUAUGAACAUACAGCACAUUAUCUAGUCUAUCCCAAUGCAAAAACCAUUCAAUGUCCAAAGAAUAGAACCGAUCCAAUAACUAUUUCAAAAAGUUAUCCUGAAUGAAUAGUGCUGAAUUGUAUUUAAACUUGUAGUAUACACAUACAAGGUAAAAACUGGUUGGGGAAAUAAAAUUAAAAUUCUUUGGAAAGUGUCAUUUUUUAAGUUAAGGUUGUUACCAGAACUUGUCAAUCACUUUUUUGGCAUAUAUGUGAAGUCACAUUGGCAUUACUUUUCCAUGUAACUACCUAUACAAUGUUUUGGGAAAGAGGUAUUAAUGUAAAGUUAUUAUUAUUCAAUAGGAUUUUGGUGGUAAUCAUAGACUCAACUAAAGAGAAAUUUUGUUAAAAAGGAAGAGAAAAAUAUCAGCAAACAUACACUGGUAUUAUUUAAAAACUUCUGUUAAUGUUUACUAGACCUUUCUUGGAUAAAGAUUUCAUGGAGGGUGUUAAGUUAUAUAAGUGUACUCAACUUACACAAUUUAGAUUGUUCAUCUGUGACCCGAUAGAUGAACCGUUAGUUCAAAAUACUAAAAAGAAGCCUGAAUGGUAAAUAUUUGCUUAAAAAAAAAAACAAAAACUAACCAAAAUCUCAGAUAUCUUCAAUCUCUUUAGAACAACACUGUCUCAUAGUAGUAGGAUAUUAAAUUUUGGUUUGCUUGUAACUUUAGUGUUUUCUAUACAUCUGAAAUGUUUAUAUAACUGAUUUAUUUGAAAAAAAUAUAAUUUAAAAUGGAGGGGAAAUAAAAAUGGAACGAUCUAUGUUUAAAGCUUUAAGGUAAUGAAGCAAGCACAAUUAGGUGCAGAGGGUCCAUUCACAUAUCCGUUUACACAACUGGAAGAAAUAAAAAUAAAACCAAGUUGUCUAAAAAGAUUCAACAACUAUCAACAUUCAUUUCAUGCAGUGUACUGUGGGAUUUCAUGUGUGAAUUAAACUAUGUGCCUUUUUUCAAAGUAACAGCAUAUUUUGUGUAACAGUGGAGACUUGUUUACAUAUGGUUUUGUAAAAUGUGCAAAGUGUAUUUAGAGUACCGUAUAUCAAUGUUGUGGUAUACAUCUGAAAUGAUGGUAGUGGCUAAUUUUACAAUUUUGUGAUCGUAAUGCAAACAAAAGUAGCCAAACCUUAGUUACUGGUUGUUAGAAAACUCUAUGUUAUAGACAGAUCAAAGGGCAAGUAGUUAAAAAGCAAAAUAUAUCUCUGAUUUCAUUAUUUCUUAUUCUCUUAAGAGAUGGCCAAUUACACUCACUCCCAUUUACCUUAGGGAGUUCCAUCUGAUUAAAACACCAGUUUCUAUGUAUGACAUACUCAAAGAGAACAAGUUAACUAAGCAUGUACUGCCAUAGGGCUAUCUAUGUUGGCUCUGAUGUACAAAACAGUCCAGGCAAAGCUUGGUUGGGGCUAAAACUAAAGGUCAUCAUAAAUUCUCUAAUGGUACAUGUGUAACUGGCUAUACACAGGAGUGGGCCAAAAAACCCCACAAACUUCCAUGGGUUAUUUGAAAGCAGCACAAAGACAAAGAACUAUACUUCAGCAGAUAAUACUUAAUUUUCUUAAGAGAACUAGUCAACAAGACUUCUAUCACUUAUAGUCUGGGGACAGAAGAUAGCCACUUGAGGGGUAUGAAAAAUUCCAACUAAGAAAGCAAAAGAAUUUAAUUAAAAAUAAUUCUAAUAUUUCAGGUUGGUAAGACCUGAAAAGAGGGAUGCAUUCCUAAUUACUUACCAGAACAAAAGAUUCACUAAAUACAUAUGUGUAUGUAUCAUAAUAUGUAUAAACAAAAUACCUCUCUCCCUAUGACUGUACUUGGAACAAAAGCGGGUAUCACGUUUGUAACUGGUUAAAAAAAUUGUGUUGAUGAAAGUACAAGAAGCUUACAAUGAGGCAGCAGUGACAAGUGUUUAGAGGCAUGAGUGUACAUGUUAAAUUCAUGUUUCAAUCAACAAGAAAUAAACGGGCUCUGAAUUCUAUACUA